UUUCGUUUAACGAAGUUCUCGUAUUUUAUACCUGAUUUUGUUUCUAAUUUUGUAAAUAAACUUCUAUUUUAUAUCAAACGUACAAUAUUUAUAAGAUACAAACGAGCUUUCUAACUCAUACACCGUUACUUUAUUUUCGAAUUUUGUCAGAGAGUGAAAACCUAAGUGGUUAACUAAGUUGGUUAACUCCAAAAACUGUAUAUUAUAUGUACAAAACCAUUUGAAGAAUAAAAUAAAUUUGAAAUAUUUUACGUGUUGAAGAGGCAGUAAAAGAAACUCCAAUUCGUAGAUGUAACGUGGAAGCGUCUUUCUGUUAGAUACGAUGUAUUAUUCAGCCAUUUCGGAUUUGUCGCGCGGAUUUGCAGUUCAGUGUCGCCAUCUUGAGUCUCAAGAUCCUUCGAGAGACACUUGAAAGUUUCCAUCAGAUUUUCAGGCCGUUUCGUACGAAUCACAGUGAUUUUUUUAACAGACUCGCUACACGAAGGUAUCCGUAACGGUGCUUACUACACGACCACUAAAUUUUCUAAGUAUUCACAAGGGUUUGCCGCGAAAUGAGCGAAAUUUGUACUAGCGGCGAACGCAGCGCGCGUUCUUUGAAAUUCGCUCGGAGACGACUGAAACGCGUCACGUGACCCGCUCACUCUCGGCACGACAUGCACGGGGCGCGUUUGCAUGUAUUACAUGUCGUGCGCGUGUGGUGUCGGCACGGAACUCAAGUUUAGUCCGCGCCUCGGGAUUCUACACGGCUCCUGGUGUGUAGCGAGCCAGCCGCAGAAAAUACUACGGUGAAAUCGUUUCGACGGUAGAAAAGAAAAAAAAAAGAAAAGUCGACAGGUGUCGUUGAGUGUGCGCCGUUUCUUUUAUACGGAGUUACGGAUAUCUUUUUCACGACGCGAUGGUCUCGUUAUCGUCGUCGUUCACCGUGCCGAUUCCCGACGGCGAUCGUUCGUAGAUCGAGUGUCGCUGCACUCGAGGGUACAGCGAAACAUCGGUGACCACACGGAAGUAGUAUCGUGGACGCAUCAGUUCGUGGAUUUCGGAGCGAAGAAAACAAAACUGAGUAAACGCGCGCCGAGGGGGGCACGGAUGGGACAGCGAGUGAAAAAAGAAAACGGAAGAGAGUUACAUUGAACGUUGUGUACUAUGUGGGACGUCGCGUCGAGUGACAUCGUAGCGUGGAGACAAAAUGGGGCCCGCUGACCGGGCCCGGAAGAUCUCAGGGGUCCGAUUAACAACGGAGGUAUGGAUGUCAUCGGGGACGGGGACGAGCAAACCCUCCAGGCGAUUCUCGGUCGGGGUGAUUUCGUCGGAGGCAUAGACAACGAGGCUCUGGACUUCUCGCAAUUGGAAGAUUUUAUAAACAGUGACAGUGAACAACCAGCCACAUAUUUUGCGGACACCCUUGCUCACAAUGAAAAUGGGGGUGGAACGACGACCCACGGCGGCCGCGUCGAGGCGACGGUUACCCAACAACCACCACCUCGAUUACCCUCACCGAUUACCCAAAAUCAUCCAGUCUCGAGUACGUGCGCAUCCGGUACCACUAUCGUACCGAACGGCACUACUUACAAGGAUCCACAAUCGUACGUUCACCCACACGCAUUACCUGAAAGUCCACCGGACAGUGGCAGCGAACCACCGUAUUCGCCACCUGGUCACAACGACACUCAGCACGUUCAUUCGCCACAUCAAAAGGUAGCUCUUCAAGAGAUGCUUUUGCAUCAUCAAGGCAAUCAGGCGAACUAUCCUUCAAAUUUACUACCUUCUUCGCCGAGGACCUUAACUUCGUCCACGGAUCCGCUGUUACUGACCCAUUCGGUCUUGACUUCCCAUCUCGCGUCGGGAACACCGAAUCUACAAUCUCAACAGCAAAUAGGACAAAACCUGGUGCCUUUGCCGCACGAGCACAGCCCUGGUAACAUCAACACGUUGUACUCGCCGCUACAAUCGGCACCCAAGAAGAGAAAACUGAGCCAGGAUGGUCUUAUUCACGUGAAGCAGGUGCAACGAGAGCCUGAACUGGGCACAGUGGAGCAUAGCUGUAGCAGCAGUAGCGCAGUCCUCGAUGGGGAUGAAGUCGCAGACAAUAGCUACAUCGACGCCAGCUACCAAUGCAUUCGGUUUCACCCCUUUCAGCAAACAUCUUGGCAUGUUCUUUGCGACCACAAUCUGAAAGAGCUCCCAGUGCCUCAUUAUCGCGUGGACGCUGACAAAGGAUUCAAUUUUAGUAACUCCGACGACGCGUUCGUUUGCCAGAAGAAGAAUCAUUUUCAGAUUACCUGUCACGCUCAGCUCCAGGGCGAAGCUAUAUUCGUGAGAACUGGCGAGGGUCUGAAAAAGAUAAGUAGCUUCCAAUUACACUUUUACGGCGUCAAAGUUGAAUCGCCGACGCAAACGAUCAGAGUCGAGCAGAGCCAAAGCGACAGAAGCAAAAAGCCGUUCCACCCUGUGACAGCUGCUUUCAGGGUGGAAUUGGGCGGCGAACGCGUUACGAAGGUAACCGUUGGCCGUCUUCACUUCAGCGAGACGACCAGUAAUAAUAUGAGGAAGAAGGGAAAACCUAAUCCGGAUCAAAGAUAUUUUCAUUUGGUCGUCGGUUUGCACGCCCACACUGCAGACCAAGCUAGUUACCAAGUGGUGGCUCACGCGUCAGAAAGGAUAAUCGUGAGGGCAAGUAACCCUGGCCAGUUCGAAUCAGAAGGCAGCGGUGUCGGUGCUGAAGGUGGUUGGCAGAGAGGCGCUGCACCAGACAGCGUUUAUCAUGCUGGUAGAGUUGGAAUUAACACGGACAGGCCAGACGAAGCUCUGGUAGUUCAUGGUAACAUGAAGGUGACAGGUCACAUUGUUCAACCUAGCGACGCACGGGCCAAACAGAAUGUCCAGGAGGUGGAUACGCGUGAACAACUGCGAAAUGUCCAGCAGUUGAGAGUGGUCCGCUACAGAUACGCUCCAGAAUUCGCCCAGCAUUCGGGAUUGGGUAUCAAACACCAAGAGGACACGGGCGUCAUAGCGCAAGAAGUCCAGCAGAUACUUCCGGAAGCUGUGCUACCAGCUGGCGAUAUAGUUCUUCCGAAUGGUCAAAGGAUCGAGAACUUCCUGGUAGUGAACAAGGAAAGGAUAUUCAUGGAGAACGUCGGCGCAGUGAAGGAAUUAUGUAAAGUGACGGAUAGCUUGGAGACGCGCAUAGACCAGCUGGAAAGAAUAAACAAACGGCUAGCGAAGCUGAAGAGAGGCGACAGCCUGAAAAGUUCUAUUAGUACAAUAUCUAGCAUAUCAAGUAACAAAUACUCAUCGUCUAUAAAUAAUAAGACCACUGUACAGGGAAAGGUGAAGAAGAGCGAGCGCGAAGAUGAACUUCUUUGCAGCAACAAGUUUAUUCAGAUUAUCAUUGUUAUACUUAUUCUCAUCAUGGCGUUUUGCUUAGUUGCGAUGGCGACUUUAUACUUCUUAGAAUAUCAAAAGCGCAGCAGUCUCGAAUUGUCAGCAGUAGCGAGCAACGGGAUGCUGGCUAUAAGACCAGCUCGUCCUUCGACAGUAUCUAGCACACCUAAUUACGAUUCCCGAUACAAUUCGUUACUGGACAGUACGUUGUCAGCGUCGUACACGAAACACGGUUCGCUGAGUAGAGGCUCGGAUGGUAGUUUAUCCAUUAAAAGUAAUGCUCUUUCCACGCAAGCGCCGCACACGAAACAGCAACUCUACUCUCAAGAAAUUACUUGGUAUCCGAUAAGUCAUUCGGGGCCACAGCCAAAAAUUGAAAAGAACAGUGAAAUUCGGGAGAAUUGGCUGAGAAAUGCAGACGCUAUUCCCCAUAACGUGGACGAAAACGAUCAGGGUUCAGACGUAGACCCUGCAUCCGUUACCAAAAGUCCGAUUCCUUUAGGUAGACCAGUAAACUGUCCCAGACAUUUCACCGAAUUUAAAAAUCCCUGUCAGAUUUACUGUUGCACAGCUAAGAUUCACCAAUUCGAGGACCCCCAACCCGAUCAUCCCCCUGAGAAAAAAUCAAUUCCGGAUCACAUAGAACAGCCAUUGAACGUGCACGAGGAGAAACGUAAGAUAAGCAAAGGUUUCCAGAAUGGCAUCAGUCCAUCCGAUCCGAGCACGCAAACACUCGUGAAAGAGAAUAAUUAUAAAUAUCUACAUAAGAGAACAAGAAGAGAAACCGGUGGCGGUGAUUGGGGGGAAGUUGCCAGUAACGCUGCAGGAUCCUUACCUCCGGAGCCUAAACCGCAAUUGUGGAUAGUGGCGGAAAGAUUUAACGCUUCGCUUGAUCAAAAGUAUUGUUCCGCGUCCUCGCAGGAUACACCGAACAAUAUCACUUGCGUUGUACCUUUGUCCAAGUACAUGCAAGACACGCAUCUUACGUUGCAUUUUGUUGGAAUGCCUUGGUACUGGCAAGUGGUGCAGCAAUGCUCUUCGCCAGCAAGUUCUGGCAUAGAUGAAUCCAUGAUAUGCGGUCAGAAAUACACGAUCCAGCAAACGGCUCAAUAUAUCGAAAGUAACAAUCAACCAGGUGACCAAUUGUUUCCCCUCGAUGUUGCUCAUUAUCUCAGGAAAACAUUGAGGUUUCGUGUACCUACUGUACAACCGCAGGAGAAUAUUUGUAAGAAUAAGCACGGCGUCGAUUAUUCGGAAUAUACGCUACACUUUUAUCGAGAUUGUGACGAAUAAUGGAUUUUUUAACGAUGUUCUAUUUCACGGAAAGUCGAACGUCAAGAAUCUUCUUGUUCUUGUCUGAAAGAUUAUUGAAUCAACAUUGGAGGACCCUCUUGUGCCUAUGUAACGUAUUCCGUCUCUAUUUUUUCCAACUACAUAUAAGAUUAUACACGGUAUAUUUGAUUAUAUAUAUUAUAUAGAUAUCAUCAAAUACAUCUGUAAUUGUAUUUUAUAUGUUAUUGCAAUAUACUAUAUAGUGUGACGAUUAUAAUAAUUCACAGAAACGGUUAGAUCUUACAGACUCGAGUAGUGAACAUAAUAAACAGUAGAAUCUAGAACUUUCUUUUCGUUACUUAGGAAAGUAUGCGUACUGUUUUAUUCGCCUCGUCGACGAUAUAUCGGAUAUUACGAAAUAAUAUAAAAAUAUUUGAUAGUUGAUGGGUGAUAUAGUUUAAAUGUUUUAUGAUUUUCGAAGAAAUCCCUGCAUAUGUCGCCGGAACCAUGGGAGCCAACUUACGUUUUACACAUCUAUCGAAUCAGAAUUAGGAUAGGUAUUUAUUACACCAACAUGUGUAAAAUAUUGUACAAAGUAAACGGCAACUAACACUAAAGAUUAAAAUUUUAAACAUCGUGUAUAUAUUUUUAACAAAAUGUAAACAUAUAUAAAAAAAUACACCCAUCAACUACAACGUAGAAUUAGCAUACUACAUAUUUCUCACUUAUUUUCACACUAUUUAUACUUGUGUACAAAACAUAAUCAUUGUCGGACAGAUGUGUGUUGUAGAUACACAUUCGUAGUGUAUUACGAAACAAAAAUUUCCAUAAAAUCAAUAUUUCAAUCGAAACUGUAUUUUAUAUCUUGACAUUAAUUUAUUAAUAUAUUGUAUGAAUAAAUCAUACAUCAAUAUCGAUUAACACCUUGGCUUCGGAUGACGCGGAUAAACGUCAUUGAGAUUUUCAUAUAUACAUAGAUAUAUUUCAAAAUAAAUUUUUAAUACAUUAUGGGUCGUUGGAACUAUUGUACAAGACGCAAUUUUUGCAUUCAAGUUUUGUUUCAGAAUGUAAUCAGAAACAAUUGUGAAAUUCUCCUACAUUUUCAUCAUUGUUUUCAUGCAUCUCAUAUAAAGAAAAAAAUAUUAAUUUCUAUGGUAGGUUACCGUGAGAAAAAUAUCAAAUUUUUGUUUUCCAGUCAUUCUUUUAAAAUGAAAUUUAGUAAUUUAAUUCUGCCUAUAAAACUUCUUUGAAAAAUAUUAAUUUCUGGAAAAAAGUUAUUACUGUCUUUUUUCCCAACGUACAUACAUAUUUUACAAAAACAAAAUGCAUCACAUUGAAACGCGACAGGUGAUAUAUUCUUUAUAAAAUACAUUGAACUUUUUUAUCAGCAAUCAGGCAGUCAAAGACUUCGAAACGCUGCAAUAAUUGUUAAAUAAUUACUAUUUGUCAAAGGUGAAGCGAUGUACAAAAUAGCAUCGAUUAUUUACUUUGCUUCUCGUGUUUUCUUAGAUCGACAUUAUUACUUAUGGACAUUGACUUUCUUUUUCAAGAUUUCACUUCUAAGAAAAGAACUGAAGCGUUUCAACGCUUAAUUAUUUUAACGCAAAUAACAAUAGCUGUUUAUAAAACACGAUAUUAUAGAAUUUCAAGUUCCUAAAAGGUAUUGUAUAAUAAUUGUCUAUUGCGUACAGUAGAAUUAGGUGGAUACAUUUUAUUUGCACUUAUCGUAUAAAUAAUUAUUAGUUGCAUGUAAGUAGAUCCCUACUAUUAUCAUGAUUAUUAUUGUUGCUAUCACUAAUAUUGUUGCUAUAAUAUGUAAUAAGACUAUUGCUGCUGUUAUUGCCUAAUGUCGCUAUAUAAUCAAUAUGUAUAAAUAUAUAUAUUGGAUUCCAGUUAUGAUUUCCGUUUGUGAAAUUUGAAAUGCAGUGUUGUUAAAUAAUUCAUUUUAGAAAUAAUUAAGAAAUCUCAAUAAUAUUUAAUAUAUCACCAAUAUUCUGUUUUUCUUUUUUCGUUUUUUAUUGAACAGUAUAUCAGUACCUUACUGAACUAACAUGAUCUAAAGGGAUUCUCAUGUAUACUUUUGCAUAAAUUAUUUGUCUGUAUCGUUACCAAUUUUGCUAUACGAGUAAAUUUACAUUACGUCGAUGUAUAAGCAAAAUUGUGGAACACAGUCAAUCAACACUCAUCACAUGAUUAAAAACUCGAUUGUACGACGCUCAUUAUUCGAAUUUUUUAUUUAUGCGUAAGUAUAGAUGGUGAACAUACGAUUUCUGCCGUCCAUAUGUUUUUCUUUUCACCGUACAUGAAAUUAUUUACGCUGACUUAUAAAUGAAUAUUAAUCUAUUCGUCGAUAUAUUUUUACAUAACGAGCUCAUGUGCACGAGCUUACGAAUAGCACGUAUCGUAUUCGCAUACGUGAUUAAUGUAAAAAGAAGGUAACAUUAUUGUACAAUAACAUGUAACUGAAGCGCAAUAUAUUAUAGCAUACGUCUUCAUUAUCGCAUAAAAGAAAUAUAUAAGGAUUUUUAAUUUUUAUUUCAAAUUUUCACAGAACUCUAUUAUAUUUAACGAUCAAUUUUCAACUUAAUUUUUUUUUAUAUACCUUAUGCAAACAUAAUGUUUUUCAAUAACGAGAUAAUGCAAAGCUCAUAAUCGAUUUGAGUUUCUGCAUAUUAACAUUAUUCUACCACACUAUCGUUUAUGCGAUUAAUAUUAUAUUUAAUAUAAAUAUACAUAUGUAUAUGACACUACAUUAAUUUUGAUCUUGUACGUAUCAUUAUCUUUUCAUACAGAAUCUGCUAGGGAGAUAGAGAUUCCGCUCAACACAUCGCGAUAUGGUAUUUGUGUAUUUAAUUUAACUAGCAUAGUACGUGUCUUUUUUUCUUAAGAAAUUCUACAUAUUGCCAACAUUUGUAUAUUUAUCAUUAUCAUUUAAAAAUGUAAUGCUUCAUUGCCGUGUACGUGUUACUUCCUCGUUUAAUCUACUACUAGAAUUUGUUAUUGUUUUAUAUUUUAAUGUAUUAUAAUUUCGACUCGAAUUCAUAUGAAACAAAAAAAACAUUUUCUAUAUAACUUUGAAUCGUUCACCUUUCAUGACGAAUUUACUAGAGGAUACUAUUUUCUAAAUAAAAAACGAGUGCAAAGCAUGAAUGUAGCAAUUUAAAAGCUAACACACGCACAUUCGAUAGAAAAGUCGUAACGUCGAAGAAAUGAAAGGAUACUUCUGUCCCGAAUCUCAAACUUUAAGAACUCUAAAGACACUUACGUAGUGGUGGAGAGAUUUAUGUAUUUGUUAGGAAAAAGAUUUCUGUUUAACAUAAAUAGUAUAAUCGAUACAUUCUAAGUAACGCUGGUAGGAUUUGUACAUAAAAUUUAGCGUAGCAAUGGUAUGUGUACUAUUCGAAAUAAGACGUUAGGUUUAAAGAAAUAAAAGUCACAUAACUACCAGGUCAUUGUAACAAUGUUAAUGAAAGAGAUAAAUUACUGGUAAAAAUAUAAUUUUCCAAUGGUAUUUUAAGUAUUACCUAUAUUUUCUAAUCGUUGCUAUUUGGAAAAACAGACAAAUUACUUGGAAAAUACUUUAUUUACUCGAGGGGCAAUAUAAUAUUCAAAGGAAUAUUAUAGUUUAUUUAUAUCGCUAGAAAAUUUUUGAUUUUAAUAAAAUGAUGGAAAUUUGAUAAAUAUUGCUAUUAUAAAAUAAAACACAAAUGAUUGAUCCACUAGUCUCAUUAUACUUUGUUUUAAUAACAUCUAUGUUUCUCUUUUCUAUUAAUAUUAAACAUGUUUAGUGUUACUAUGACGAUUCAUUAUUGCUCACCUCUUGAGCAUUAAAUAGAUCUAUAUUAUGUAUAUUUGAACAAAAACGCAUGUAAAUGUUAUAUUCGCAUAUUUAUGAAUCUACUGUUAAGACAAAUAUGUACCUAUAACAAACCUGUAUUUGUAGAAAAAUAAAGAUAUU